ACCAAUUUUAAUUCAGUGGCUGCUGGACCAGAGAUGUGUUUCUUUUCUUAAUUGUUAGUUGAAUUUCUGGCUUUAACAAAUCACACAGUCUGUCUAUUCUUAACUCCCUGUAUAGUGAAUAUACAGUCGGUCCUUUAUCACAGUGGUGCCCAAUCCCCGGGCCGCGGACCAGCCAUGUCCGUGGGUCAAUUGGUACCGGGCCACACAUAAAGAAUGCAUAACUUAGAUUAUUUUCAUUUUAUUUAUUAUCUGACUCUGACUGCGUUUUUUCGACCUGUUGUGUGAAUUCAACUACACAUGCUGCUGGCUAGAUAUCAUCGAACCAAAAACACAUGGCAAUUGACAACUUGCAAUGCCUUUCUUCACCACCAGGCGGCCUCACACCAUGAGUUGAAAACCCUGCCUUAAUAGAAGAAGUUUAUUUGUCAUUGUGCAUGUAUACUAACAUUGUAACAGAGUAUUUGGUGUUUACUCGUCACAGGACCCUGACCCUCACCUUUAGCCACCGGCUGCCCAAAAAGAGUAAAAAUAAAAUAUUCAUAAGCAGUUUUCAAUGUUAAACGUGUUAUACACCACAGGCUGCAGUACAAUCUUAAAGCUGCUCUUGGUUUUUUUCCUUUUUGGAAGCAUACUGUGUUUGACUGUUACCUUUUAACGAAGGUUACACAAAACUGCUUCACACAGGUUUAAACAAAGUGAAACAACAGCUUCAGGCUAAUUAACGGACUCUUACUCAUUCAGUUUAGACUUUUUUUUUUAAAUUUCCUAGCUGAUGGGCGUUUUUUUAAAAGAUGAUAGAACUCUUUUCUCUAUCACCUAGCCCCAGUGUGAUGGUUCUGACUGCAGGUGUGGUCCACUCUGGGUGGAAUGUUUGCAGACCAUCUAGUGUUUAGUUGUGACAUACUACAUCCUUCUCUCACUGAGACUCUGCAGAUUGUAAAACUGGCUUAGAAUAAAAAAGGAAGAUAAAAAAGGAGAAACUGCCAUAAAAUAUGAUUCUUUUAUUUAAUCCUCUAUUUCCCAACAUCGCUGUUACGACCUGUUCAACACUUCUACCUAGUGGCCUUGACUUGUUCAUCACCCACUGUGACGACACAGUGCUAAGUUACUAUGCAGUGACUGUGGGUGUAGCUGACCUAUGAGAAGAGACUGAUCCCCUGGGGACCAAAGGUGGAGUGGAGCUUGGGGGCCAGGUUCCUGUGAGACCCAGAUCUUCCAGUUUGAAUGGUCCUGUUCAGCUCCAGCAGUGACCCGAGGAUGGCACUUUAGAGAAGGAAUAUAACUUCACACCAGGAACCUGAAAGGACUGAACCAGGAGCCUGGGACACUUUUUCAGAAUUCUUAGGAAUAUGUGAGUAAUUCUUAAAUUUGUCUGCAUUUAUUUUAAAUAUAAUCUUAAUUUUAAAUAUAAAUAAAGUAAAAACACUAAAUAUAUACAUAAUAUAGCUUAAUAUAUAUAUAUGAGAUGUCUAAGAUACAGAAUAAAACUAUGAUUUCGCAGCACAUUUGAAAACUGAUAAAUCCUCGUGACCUAUUUACAUUAUUUAUUUACUUAAAACACCACAUGUAUUUCCACUUUUCUCUAUUUUAGGCACAAGUAGUCUCUGUCAGUAAAAAUUGGAAAAUGCCAGUUUUUAAAGAAAUGCUGGUGUUUGUGGGUCUCUUUGUCUUCUUGGGAUUGGUCCAAUGUCAAAAGUUACCGAGUUAUAAUCUUCUGGAGGAGUUUCGUGUGCCUAAGUCGAAAGAUGUGAAAAAAGUGAAUGGAUCUCAACCUGAGGCUGUGGCCUACAGAGUGAACCCUUCCAUCCAUCUGCGUAGGACCAUGAGUGAUGUCUAUCCAGACGGUCUUCCUUCUGACUACUCAGUCAUUGUGACAUUCAAAAUGACCAAGGACACAGCAAAAAGGUCCUGGAACCUGUGGCAGGUCAGCGACCCCGAGGGACGAGACCAAGUCGGCCUACGGUUCCAGGGUGGAAUGCGUUCUUUAGACUUCUUCUACACCAGCCCACGUGGCAGUCGAAUGCUCAGAACCUUUAGCGGUGUGGGGAAACUGUUCGAUGGAGAGUGGCACAAGUUGGCCUUGAGUGUGAAAGGCAGUCAGGUGAAGCUGCUGAUAGACUGUGAAGAGGUCAGUGUGGAGUCCAUCGACGGAUCAAGGCCGGUCUUGCACAGAGGAUACACCUCCAUUGUGAAACGUGCGACAGGAGAUGGCUCUGUGUCUGUGGAUCUCCAGCAAAUGGAUGUUUCCUGUGACCCAGAGCAGGCUUACUCAGAGGGCUGCUGUGAGCUCUCCAGUGUGUGCGGAGGGUAUGCAGAGAUUGGCUUAACAGCUGGGAGAGCGUCCUGUAAAUGUAUGCACGGACAGCCGGGCGUCCAAGGAAAACCAGGCCCGAAGGUGAAUGAAUUAUACAGGUCACAUAGGGGUCUCCCUGGCCAACCCGGGGAUCAAGGAAGACAAGGAAACUGGGGGAUCAGGGGAAACACAGGAGACUAUGGCAACGUUGGUGAACCAGGCCCAAAGGGGGAAGCAGGAAUCAAAGGCGAGAAAGGAAUGAGGGGACUCUGGGGCCAAGUGGGAGACAGAGGUCCUAAGGGGCUGACAGGAUUAAAAGGAGCAGCAGGGUUCAAGGGUGUACGUGGGCCACCGGGAGACAUUGGAGAAACUGGAGGACAAGGAGCUGCUGGUGAAAAAGGUGAAAGAGGAUUUGAAGGGAUUUCUGGGUUUCAAGGAGUUAAGGGAAAUAUAGGAGCUACUGGUAAAACAGGGCGUCUCGGGCCCAGAGGAAAGCAGGGCAUUGUGGGAGAUCCUGGAGAGAGAGGAGCAGCAGGAGAGAAGGGGAAGCCGGGAAUCCAAGGUCCUGCAGGCAGAGACGGAACAAUUGGACCAAAGGGCAUUAUUGGAGAUCCUGGUAUACCUGGCAGAGAUGGGGAUCCAGGAAUAGAGGCAUAUCAAGGUGCACAAGGUCUCACCGGAAAUCCCGGACGCACUGGGAGGAAGGGGGAGAAAGGUCACCAGGGCCCAGCAGGAGAAAUGGGCCCCCAAGGUCGUACCGGCCCAAGAGGUUACAAAGGUUCUGCAGGGAAGCCAGGACGACCUGGAUUUAUUGGCCCACCAGGGCCCAGUGGACAUGUGGGUGUGUCUGGAAAACCAGGGCCAAAGGGUGACACAGGAAUCCAUGGAAUCCAAGGAGUCAAAGGUGGACAAGGAGAAAAUGGAGUUAAGGGACCGAAAGGAAAGGUUGGAGAAUCUGGACAGCUUGGUCCUCAGGGCAGACGGGGCAGACGUGGCCCUGCCGGCCCACAAGGACUAUCAGGAUCUGUUGGAGUCAAAGGGGUUCGAGGUGAAGCGGGACCUGAUGGCUUUUCAGGACUCCCAGGUCCACCGGGCCCGACUCUUCCUGCUCAGCAUGUGAUCGAAGUUUGUAAGAAAGUGGUGUUGGAACAGAUGUCCACCUUCGCCAACUCAGUGAAGAGGACCUGCGCUGCAGUUUGUCCUCUUUAUGGUGACGUGCCCAUGGGUCCUCCUGGGUCCCCUGGACAACGGGGACCCCAGGGACCUCCUGGUGACCCUGGUGUUGAUGGUGAGAAAGGAGAAGUGGGCGUAACAGGUUUCCAUGGCGAAGCUGGAGAACUCGGAAGAAAAGGAGAAAAAGGUGACAGGGGAGAACAAGGAGAUAAAGGAGCCAUAGGACACGGUCUACCUGGCUACACCGGAGAUCAGGGACAGCAAGGUCCGCGUGGGCGAACUGGCAGAGCUUUUAACGGACAGCCAGGGAAACCGGGUGAGAGGGGACAUGUGGGUCAGCCUGGACUGAGGGGACACCCAGGUCUCAGGGGACCUCCGGGCGUCUGCGUCACCUCUGGGUGUCCACUGCUCAACGCUGCCAGAGGGACGACUCAGCCAGUAUCAGCACCGCGGAGACAGAGGACUCGCCCGUAGAGGAGAAACGUCUGAGUGGACAGUGAAUUUAAAAGAGUGAGCUUGAAGAACAGAAAUACCACGGAUCCUUUAUGUGAAUAUAUAUAUGUUCUAAUAAAUUGAAAUGUUCAUGUAAAUAUGCAACUUAAGCCAGGAAUUAAUUUUCUGGGAGCAAAGACAAGUGCGAAUGGUAAAAAGACAUAUUUGUAUAAAACACCAAGUUUGCUCAUUCAACUCUCAGUUGUUUGAAAGAAUGUGCUCUUUAUAAUAAAAAACAAAUUGAGUGUUUUUAUAUGAUAGCCAUCA